GUAGGAUAUUACCAUGCAGUUCAUUAUCAGGCUGCUGCAGAUUCUGGGCUUUUGGACGCAACCCUUCCAAAAACGAAGCACUGCAAAACCACUGGGCUACAUGGUGCUAUUCUUUGUGUGGCUCCUGUUACCGGAGAUCAUUUUUAUCGUCCGACAGGAGCCCACCUUUGCAAUUGUCGCCAGAAAUGCAGUCGAGUGUCUACUUAUCGCCAACGUGAUUCUCCUCAUCGGGAGCACAAUCGUUCAUCAAUCGAAACUAGAAGAAUCGUACGGAAAUAUGCGGUUCGCGCUGGACACAAUUGCUAGCAACGUCGACAGCAAGUUGCUUUCCACGGUCACUCAUCUGGGAUCAUCUACGGAUCGUUACUUCAAAGUUUACGUGGGAUUUGAAGGUAUAAUUACGUUGGUAUACGCUCUGGCUAAUCCGGUAUUGACUCUCACUCAGUACAUACAGAGUGGAGAGUUACCUCCGCUGCAUGCUAUCAUUGAAUCAGACUUCUACAUGUUUGAUUUUACUUCCAACGUAUGGUUAUGGUUACUGGUAGUCAUAGUCGGCGGUAUUCUACUGUGCUUUUUAUCAGUAGAUAUUGUCUCGAUUAACAGCCUACAUUGGAGUUUGAUUCAUCAUGCUACAGCUCUGUUCAAAAUUGUCGGUCAAAGGUUGUCUUAUUUGAACACAUUCUCGGAUGAAAAGUCUCAAUCGAGAGAGCUCACGGACAUAAUAAAAAUGCAUGAGAUAAUCCUCAGAAGCGUGCGUUUGCUGGAGGAAGUUAUCAACAUUUAUAUGUUGGUUCAGUUUGGAACAUGCAUCAUAAUGCUUUGCAUCGCACUUAUUGUUUUGAUUCUGUCAAUCGAUGACCGAGACCUACUGGUCAAAAUGGUUCUCAUGUUGUCGUAUGUCCUCUCUCACAUCAUGUUGUACUCAUUACUGGGAACGGAACUGAUAAGUGCUAGUGAUUCCGUAGCAGAUGCAGUUUACGACGUUCCCUGGUACCAAUGGACCGUCUCCGAGCAACGGAAAGUUCUUUUUGUGCUGGGAAGAUCACAGAGGAUGACAGCCCUAACUGCUGGGAAAUUUUUCUACAUCAAUCGUGAUUCGUUCGGAAAGACUCUCCAGACCACGUAUUCUUACUUUACCGUAAUGAAGCAGAUGUAUGGAUAGUAAUCCAAACUUCUGCUUCACGAGACUGGAGACCAACAAAUACUUUGAUUGAAGAGUUAAGGAAAGAAUUUUUAAGGAUUGUAAAACAUCUCAUCGGACGGUGAAAUCAUUAAAAGCUUUGAAAUGAGAAACGUCUUCAUAUGUGUUGUCAUUUACGGUUUAAAAAUGAUAAAAAAUAUGAAUUUCAGAUAAGAAGAAAUCUUGGCAACAAUGGCAUUAUCGACGUGUUCGGGACUUAGAGUUCAGGCCGAAUACUGAAAAAAUAAGCUGUCUAGUCAGUAUUGUCAUUACAUACUACGUUACUAAGAUGUCUGAUAUUUGAAAUUUUUAAGUUAUUUUGUCUAACAAAGCUUCGUUGUUGGAUUUGGGAAAACUUUAAGACUUUGAGAAACAUCUAACUAGCAGAUUCAAACUCUCACAUGAACAUCUCAGUAAAAACUAUUGAGUUUGCAUCACACCAAAGCA